CUCCCUUCCUCUCUCCCUGUGGCCUGAUCGCAGCCGCUAAUCCCGGCAGGGCCAUGUGAGCCGGCAAGGCGGCGGAGCCCGGGCUGCGGGCGGGGGGGAGGCCAGCCGGCUGCAGGCGGAGAUGCUCCAGCUCGACCUCAUCGACGCGGCGGGGGACGCGCCGGCCGAGGAGCAGCAGACGGCCCCCGAGCCGCUGCAGAAGGACCCUCCGGCCGGGACCACCGAUGUCUACAGGCCGAAGCGACCCACAACUCUCAACCUCUUCCCUCAGGUGCCUCGCAGUCAGGACACUCUGAAUAACAACUCUCUGGGGAAAAAGCACAGUUGGCAGGAGCGGGUCUCCCAGUCGUCGUCCCCUCUGAAGACAGGUGAGCAGACCCCUCCCCAUGACCACGUUUGCCUGAGCGAUGAGGUCAAUCACCAAAACAGCACAACCUCCACUAAAGACCGGGGCACAUCCACGGAGAGCCCGUGCCGACGCACAGCAGCCACCCAAAUGGCACCCACCUGCAUUGCAUCCUCCCGGCCACCCGAGAAGCACCAGGUCACCAGCCGACCCCCACCACACGGUGCCAGUGUGGUGGUGGUGACAUCGAGGGGCCCCGAGGCCCACCGGGACCGCAUCCGCUAUCAGACAGACGUGAGGCUGGAGGCCACAGAGGAGAUCUACCUGACACCUGUGCAGAAGAACUCGGACCCCCUGGAGACAGACAAGCCAUUCCUGUCUCAGUCCGGUGAGAACCGCAUGUCCAUCAGCUCCGACAUCGACACCUCCAGCUAUUUGGCCCUGGCAGGGAAAACCAACCCCUCCAUCAGUGAGGAGGAUGAGGUGCUGGACUACAUGUCCUCCCCUGACAAGACGAACCUGCCCAGGGCCUCCUGCGGCGGUGGGGGCGGUGGCUCCCAGCCGGGGUACAACCUCCAGAGAGCCUCAGUGAGUUCAGACACCAGUGCCCUUUCCUACGACUCAGUCAAAUACACGCUGGUGGUGGACGAGAACGUGCAGCUGGAGCUGGUCAGCCUCAAGCAAUGCUACUCAGGCUACAGCGAUGAGAGUGACUCAGCCACUGUCUAUGACAACUGUGUCUCCUCGCCCUACGAGUCAGCCAUUGGUGAGGAGUAUGAGGAGGAUGCUCUGAAGCAUGACUCUAUCUGCCUCUCCGAGGACUCCACCCCUGAGGCGGACAUCCACUUCUCCAAGAAGUUCCUCAACGUCUUCAUGAGUGGCCGGGCACGUUCCUCUAGUGCCGAAUCCUUCGGGUUGUUCUCCUGUGUGAUCAAUGGGGAGGAGCAGGAGCAGACCCACCGUGCUGUCUUCAGGUUUGUGCCUCGCCAUGUGGAUGAGCUGGAGCUGGAAGUGGAUGAUCCUUUGCUGGUGGAGGUGCAGGCAGAAGAUUAUUGGUAUGAAGCAUACAACAUGCGGACAGGCGACCGGGGCAUUUUCCCUGCCUAUUAUGCUAUCGAAGUCACCAAGGACCCAGACCAUGUAACAGCUCUGGCCAAGAGCAGCGAUUGGGUGGACCAGUUUCACGUGAAGUUCCUCGGCUCGGUGCAGGUUCCCUACCACAAGGGCAACGACGUGUUGUGCGCGGCCAUGCAGAAGAUUGCCACCACACGCCGCCUCACUGUGCACUUUAACCCACCCUCCAGCUGCAUCCUGGAGAUCAGCGUGCGCGGGGUCAAGAUUGCCGUGAAAGCUGAUGACUCCAAAGAGCACAGCAAGGUAAACAAGUGUAGCCAUUUUUUCCAGCUGAAGAACAUUUCCUUUUGUGGUUACCAUCCAAAGAACAACAAAUAUUUUGGGUUCAUCACCAAGCACCCUGCUGACCACAGAUUUGCCUGUCAUGUCUUUGUCUCGGAGGAGUCCACGAAGCCUCUGGCAGAGUCUGUAGGGAGAGCUUUUCAGCAAUUCUACAAGGAGUAUGUGGAGUACACCUGCCCCACAGAGGACAUCUACCUGGAGUAGGGGCUGGCACAGGCACCUCCUGCACAGCCAGGGCUGCAGUCUCGCCCCUUCCCCGUGUCUUGCAUGGACAAGAGCUGCUUGAGCCUGGAGGAGGAGUGGGCUCAGGGCAUGGAGUGCUGCCUCUUUUUGUGACUCCCCUUCCUCAGCCUUGGGGGGACGGGAGGGGGGGAGGGCUCUGGACAAAUUGUGUUUAUUGUACAAAAUAUUCCUAGUUUAUUCUAUUGAUGAAGCACCCGCUGGGUGCCCUGCCUGUGAGCAGUGGGAGGGGGUGAGCAGCAAUGUGCUUGUGCCUGUCUCUGCUGCAGGCUGGGGUGACAGCAUCUUCUCCUUGUGACCACCAUGGCCCAGCUUCCUGUCAUCCCUCUGGGGUGGCUUUUAAUGCAGUGGCAGAGUUGGACUCUCGCAGUAUGAAGGCACAGCAGCUACAGCAAACAAGACCCACAUGCUGGCUCCUUAGUGGGAGAUGAGCUUGCCCCGGGUGGGCAACACCUCCCUGCCAGGCCCCGGGGCCAAGGCUGCUGAGCAGGGAUGACACAGGAACCCCCCGAUAUUUCCUCUGCUAGAGGCAGCACCAGGAUGAGCUGAGACAGUUCACCCCUGCCUCUGCCCCCAUCCCUGUCCUUCCCCUCUUGCAUCUGUGUACUGAGAAGACAGAAAAUUCCCUCCCCAUAUCUCCCUGCAGUAAUUACACCCUUGGGAUGGGAGCCUUUCUCUGGCCCCUUUCCCCCUCUCCCCAGCUGCAGGUGAGAGGCAGGGGCUGGGCUGGGUUCUGGCCACCCCGGGGCAAUGGGACUCAGCCCCUCUGCGGAGCUGUGUUCCUGCUAGAAGUGGGGCAGUGAAGGGCUAAACCCUGUAGGGAGCUGAGCACAGCACCAGGGAGGUAGAGGAGCUCUCCUGGCCCCUGCAGCCAGUGGUCUCUGUGCUUCAGCUGGAUCUGAUGUGAUGGCAACAACUAUUAAAUAUGAUGGUUCAUGGA